AUGGAGCUCUGGUGUGGGGCGCUGGCCGUCAGCCGCAGUCCCCCGCGCCCCCGGACGUCCGCCCUUGACCACGCCGGGCUCCUGCUGAUGCUACUGCUGUUACUGCUGCUGCUGCUUCGGCCCGCGGGUUGCUUGGGCGCUGGCGAAGUGCCGGGGGCACUGUCCACGGAUGCCCCCGCCGACCUUGGCGCCCCCUGUGCCCCCAGUGCCACCUGUCCCUCGGGCGGAUGUCACUUUCCCCGGAAGGCUGCCACUAGCCAGCCGCCCAGGACCCUUCAGUACUCUGCUUCAACAGCCGACGAGGGAGGGAGAGGUGCUGUGGGAUGUGGCUGGAAGGGCCCAUUCGUUAUCAAGCUCCUUUCGUUUUCCUCCUUAGCCUAUGGCUUCUCCUAUGAGCGGGACCCCACCCUCAGGGAUCCGGAGGCCAUGGCUUGGCGGUGGCCAUGGAUGGUCAGUGUGCGGGCCAAUGGCACACAUAUCUAUGCAGGCACCCUCACUGACUCCGAGUGGGUGCUGACCGUGGCCCACUGCAUGAUCCAUGAUGUUACCUAUUCAGUGAGGGUGGGGAGUCCAUGGGUUGACCAGAUAUCCAAGUCUACUGUCGACGUCCUGGCACAGCAGGUCAUCGUGAACAGCCAUCAUUGGUCCCAUCGGUACUGGUCCGGGGUCACCCAGGCCAAGGACUGCAUUGCCCUACUUAAGCUUGAGCGGCCACUUAAGUACAACAAGUAUAUCUGGCCCAUCUGCCUGCCUGGCUUGGACUAUGCGCUAAAGGACCACGCCCUCUGCACUGUGACAGGCUGGGGACUCCCCAGGGUUGAUGGUGUGUGGCCCCAGUUUAGGACCAUCCAGGAGAAGGAAGUCACUAUCCUGAACAGCACAGAGUGUGAAAGCCUCUACCACAGGUUCUCCAAAAUCCCCUCUCUGAUUCAGAUCAUCAACUCCCAGAUGAUUUGUGCAAAGGGUCAACAGGAACAGUUUUGCUAUGAGAUAAGUGGUGAGCCCUUGGCCUGUCCUGUGGAGAGCAUAUGGUACCUGGUGGGAAUGGUGAGCUGGGGCCCAGGCUGCAAGAAGAGCAAGGCCCUGCCCAUCUACCCACACAUCUCCUCCUGCCAGCAGUGGGAACGCCUCAAUGGGCAGACUCUGCCAGCCCCAUCCAGGGCCCUGCUUCUGGCACUCUUGCUGCCCCUCAACCUCCUUGCUGUCCUCUGACACUCGUGCCGUUGUCUCUGGGUGCACCCUCCCUUGCCCAGGCCCCUCCUCACCCUCUGUGCCUAGAAUGCUACGGGUGCAGCUCUCACGGCCCCGCAAGGCAGGGCAGAGACUAGGUGCUCAAUUAAAUGUUUCUUUUCCCCAUGCUUCCUCCUUCCUGGGCCUGCUCCAGUGGGAGAUGAGAGAACCAGACAGGGGUGGGAUGGGUGACUCCGGGCAGUUUAUACUGAAAAGUACAGAGCACCGGGAUCCGCCUCCAUCCAAAGGUUCAGGGUGGCUCCCACAGAAGGUGGAGGGAGUGUGUAGGGAUGAUAUUGGGGUCUGAUGAU